CUAAUAAUUCUUCUCGUGUCUGUGAAUUUAUAUUUAACCUAUCAGAAUACAUGUAAAGCAAGGAAACCCGUUUCAUACACACAGGUUAUAAUUUGCAGUAUUUGCACUCUUCUUCUGGACCACACACACUGUCAGUCGGUGAUUUUCAGCAAGUGCAUAGCUGAUAAGGAAAUCCGACUGACCUUGUGAAACAUCUGCAACAACUGACAAGAAAUAAUAUCAGAAUUGUCUUAUACCAUGACCCAAGUACUGGGUCUACCUGCUAAAUAUCUGCUACUGAUAGGACACCCAAGAAGAUUAGCAAUACUGCAAACUGUGAACUGUCAAUUUGCUAAGGAGGGCGGACCAAUUAUAAUUCGACCUUUCUAAUGGAAACAAUGGAUUCUUCAGCUAUUUCGGAGCAAAGUGAUACACUGUUUCACCGACCAUCAAUAACAAUGAGGCUUUUCUCACUCUUACAAAAAGUAGUCCGGAUAUUCUUUCCAUCGGUGAUUUUUGCAAAAUUUUUCGCCUCCUCCAUCAUCCCACCCUUGGCAGACAAUUUGAUCCCACUAUUCUUCACUGGGAACAUACCAAAUGAGUCCGGCCUCGCAAUCGCAUCUCAAUUCACAUUCAUCAGCAUUAUUUUGGAAGUGAUGCAGGAAGGAGUUGGCAACAGCUUGUUCCAUUUUGUUGGAAUUCAUUACGAAAGCAAUCGACCUCUAUCUCUGAUUGCAUUUAAACUGUCCUUAGUCGUACUUCUUGCUGGUGGAGUGGUAAUGACACUUUUAAUGCUUUUGUUCACCCCACAGUUUGUCAAUUUUAUCGACACUCCUGACACAAUUGCGGAAGAAACUCGAAUAUUUUUGUACACGAGUUCAUUCAGUUUUAUCCCAACCAUCCUCAAUACAGCCUUUGCAAACUAUUUGCUAAUUAGCACAAGUUCGUGGCUGGUUUUGUCUCAGUUAGCAACAGUCGUGCUUUCAUUCCUCAACAAUUUUUUUCUCUUUGGUCAACACGACUGGUCACUGCACUGGGGCAUCGGGGAAUUGGGAUACUACAAAGUUAUCCAGUCAACCCUUACAAUGUGUGUGAACUUUGCUUUUGUGCUGGUCGUGGAGAAACUUUCUCCAAUUGCAUUCCUAGUCCGGGUUCCAUUCUGUCGUGGGUUGAAAACACACUGCAAAGCGUUCUUUCGAAUCUCGUGGGGCAACUUUAGUGAUAGUGCAGUUAGGAACUUUUUUUACUUUGUGGUCACCUUAAAGUUUAUGAAUAAUUUGGGAGAGAAUGAAACUGGGGCUUGGAAUCUGCUCAACAGCAUAAUUUGGGGAAUCAUACUUAUUCCGGGAUACGUGGUUGCCAAUUACGCUAAAGUUUGCAUUGGACAUAAUAAUUCUCGAGUCAGAAUAAAGACUGUGGCGCAUGAAUGUUGCGUUUGUCUCUUCGCUUGGAUAUUAGUUGUCUCAGUAAUUUCAGGGAUAUUUUGGUCCACGUUUGCAGGUUUCUUUAGCAAAUCUAACAAGGAAGUUCAGGAAUUAUCUGAAACCAUGUUUCAUCACGUUGGUUGGAUUUUCAUAAUAUUUGUCACCAACAAUGCAAUUGACAGCUUUUUCUACGGGACGGGGAAAACUGAGUAUGUGUUCUAUCAGAGUGCUAUCACUAAUAUGGUCGUUUAUUUUCCUCCCUGGAUUUUGUACUUGUUAAAUAUUAUCAAACCUACGUAUUGGUGGGUUAUCGGGUUAUAUAUUGCUGGAAUGCUGGUUGACUUUGUCCUAACUUCGUUCUUUUGUCUUAGAGUGUGGAGGUCAAUGAGGGAAUGAUAUUAUUGUGCUGUGUAUGCAGUACUACUCUGUUGUAUAGGCAAGCAUUUAUAAUACAAUACUUAUUCUUAGAUGAGGCUAUAGUUACUGCAGGAAAAAAAAUCAUCUAAGUAAGCAAUCACUACGGUUUUGAAAAGCUUAAUUUUUUCAGAUCUAGGUCAAUUUCCAUCCGAUUUUAAUGAAAUUAGUGUCCAGAGUCAAUUAUGGCAAAUUAAAAUUGAACUGUCGACCAGGAGGCUGGAAUAGUGCCCUGUUCCUGAGAUAUGCAGGAAAAACACCAUCGAAAAUGUGUUUUAUUGAGAUUAGAAAAAAAUGAAGUCGUUUAUGCUAAAUGUAAAUGAGCAAAAAGUUGAUAAACAUUUUUUAGAAAAAUACAAAAUUAAAAUACCCAAAAUCGGUUUAAAACUGAGAAAGUUUUGAUGGUGGUCAAAAUAUUGCCUCUCCCACCACCACCAAGUUUAGUUGCUAAGGCCCACCAUUCAGCAAAUUGAUAAUUACGAAUAAUAAAAGGGUACCCAUUUAUAAGAUCGUUAUGUCCUUCUGUCCGUCGGUUCGAUAAUUGUUAAUUAUUCGUAACGGAUUUUGAACAUGAAUACAAGACCAGUUUGACAUGCAACACCCCAGGAAUCGUGUAGAGGAGGUCAACGGUCACAUAUGUUGGAACUAUAAUUAUAUAAUUGCCGUUCCCAACAUAUGUAGUUUUGAUCUUUGACCUCGUCCUCACGGUCAUGAGGCCAAAAAUAUUGCCGGUGUUGAAUUCGGGGUGAAAUUUCCUUUAAAAUGACACCCAAUAUGAAAAUUAAGGUUAAGCUUAAUUUUGGACCACAGCCUCUAGCGCUGUGGGGAGCGGUCCCAUUAACCCUAUUAUCGAACUCGACCGAGAUUCGUUCUGGAGAUAUCCUGCCCAGAGACGGACGUACGAACAAAACGAUCGCAAUAUGCAGCUUACACUACUUAAUAAAUUACUUUCAAUUGCGAAUAAAAACUAUUAAAUAAAAGAAA